AUGGCUGUGACAAACCAGCACAGCAGCAUAUACCUCAUAUGCCAACUGAUAUGUGGAGCCGUGUUCCCAGGCAAACCGGUGGCCAAUAUGGUUUUCGUAACUUACGGGUAUAUCUCAUCUGCGCAGGGGAUAAAGUUCGCUGCAGACCUGAAGCUCGGUCACUACAUGAAGAUCCCACCGCGGAUCCUGUUUCUGGUGCAAAUGGUCGCCACAAUUGUCUCGUCUGUCACCCAGAUCGUCGUUCUCAACUGGAUGUUCCGCAACGUCCCCGGCAUCUGCACCCCUUCAGCAAUAAACGGAUUUACUUGUCCCAUCGCUCGGGUCCACUUUAACGGAUCAAUCCUUUGGGGCGUGGUUGGGCCAACUGAGUUCUUUGGGCCCAACGCUACAUAUCGGCAUCUGGUGUGGUGCUUCCUCGUCGGGGCUAUCGCGCCAAUUCCCUUGUGGCUUUAUGCUCGCAAUAAGCGAAACAGCAUCAUUCGGAAGAUCAACCUGCCCGUUCUCUUUGGGUCGCUCAGUUGGAUCCCUCCGGCGACGGGCCUCAACUUCUCGGUCUGGGCACUGGUGUGCUACGUGUUCAACUACCUGCUUAAGAACAGGGCAAGCGCAUGGUGGGCCAAGUACACAAUGACUCUCAGCGCCGCCCUGGAUUCGGGCCUGGCUUUCGGCAUCGUCGUCGUGUUCUUCGGGUUUAUAUAUCCCGGUUGGAUGGAAGGGUUCAGCUGGUGGGGGACCGAGGUCUACAAGCAAGGCUGCGACUGGCAGGCCUGCUCGUACAACACCGUGCCCAACGGUAGCCACUUUGGGCCGGACUCGGGGUGGUAG